AUGGAAGGGAAAACGGGAGAUGCGCGGGGUGGACGCAGGGGCGAGUUGGAGCCGACGGACCCCCACGUGCCCGCGAACUGGACCAGGGCCUCCCGGGACCGACCUCCCUCCAAGCUGAGGAGACCGCAGUUCGAGGCCAGGGAGCCCUGUCCCUGUGACACCAAGUAUGGCGUCUGCGAACCCAAUUGCUGCUGCGAUCGAGAAUGCACGGAAGAGUAUCUGAGGCAACGUUGCCGUGAAGUGCAAGAUGACGUGGAUUCCUGGUUGUGCGGCCGGGCGUCCGGGUCGACCCCGAGGGGCUCCUCGUGGUAUCGCGACCUGUUGCCGCUCUUCUGCCUGUACGCGAGGGGAGGGAGCUACCUCGGGACGUUCUUCCCGGACAGGGCGCCGCGGACGAGGAACGAGAUGGAGGACCGGGUGGGGAGGUCCUCGAGGGAGGUGGAGCGGGUGGGGAGGGCCUCGAGGGAGGUGGAGCGGGUGGGGAGGGCCUCGAGGGAAGAGGAGCGGAUGGAUGCGCCGUAUCGGGUCGGGGUGCCGGUCCAGAGGCAGGCGCCGGAUGGGUCGGUGGAGCGGUUGACGUUCCCAGGCGCGAUCGCGGGGAACGCGUGCGCGAGGAACCUCCCGGUUCUGUUCGGCGUGAACCGCAAGGCGGCGUGCAUGGUGGCGCUGAGGUGCGAGGACGCGUCGCCCGGGAUCGCAGAGGACCUCCAGGUGUUGUCGCGGCGGGGGAGGAUGGGGGAGUUCGCGGCCUGGGAGGUCGCGUUCGCGUGCGACGACCGCCCCUGCGACGGGAGGUCGACGGCGCCCGACCGCGGCCGGUGUAGGAACGCGCUGCUCGGACUCCGGCUCGGCCUGGUCGUGAACGGGAGCGACGUGGUGCGCGUGCGCGUGGGCGUGACCCUCGGCGACGUGCCGCUGCGACGGAGGACCGUGCUCCGGCGGUUCGAGGUCGGCUUCGUCGAUCUGGGCGGGGUCGGGCCGUCGGACGAUCUGGCGCCUGGAAGUCCCAUCUCCCUUCGGCAUCUUCAAGGGUGUGUUCAAAAUAUGCUGUUCGAAAUUAUAAUUACACUAAAAAAAAAUAAUAAAAAUACAUAA